GAAAACGUCUGGAAGUAUACGUGAAUUCCGACCGGGGAAUGGCAACGAUCUUGGAAUGCAGCUUUCGUGAAGAGAAACGGUGGACCUACAAUAACUGCAUGAAUAUGAAACUAGUCUGCCCUGUCUGCUAGCCAUGAAGCUAAACGAACGUAGCGUCGCCCAUUAUGCCACCUGCGACUCGCCGCCCGACAAGACGGGUUUUCUGUUCAAGAAGGGCGAGCGGAACACGGCCUACCACCGUCGCUGGUUCAUUCUCAAGGGCAACAUGCUCUUCUACUUCGAGGAGCGCGACAGUCGGGAGCCGAUCGGGGUCAUCGUCCUGGAGGGCUGCACCGUGGAGCUCUGCGAAUCCGCCGCCGAAGAGUUCGCUUUUGCCAUCAAGUUCGACUGCGCCCGCGCCCGCGUCUACAAGAUGGCGGCGGAAAGCCAGGCGGGCAUGGAGUCGUGGGUGAAGGCGCUGUCCCGCGCCAGUUUUGACUACAUGCGUCUGGUAGUGCGGGAGCUGGAGAGACAGCUGGAGGAUCUGCAGGAAGGAAUCGCCAAAUCAGGGCAAGGCAAAGCCAAAAACGGCGCCAAGAGGCAGCCGCAGGCGCCGACCCAGGGUCCUGGGACAUGGACUAAAGGUCCUGGGGGGGUCAGUAGUGUUGGGCAGGCUGGAUCCACCAACACCCCUGCCCUCCCUGGGCCACAGGCUGGCGAGGUGGCGCCUCCUACGGUCUCCGUCAGGGACGGCAGCGUGGCCUGGACCAACUCUUCUCCCCUGGCUAACGGGUGUAGCGGGGAGAGUCCCGGAGGAGGUGGAGGUGGAGGUGGCGGUGGUGGAGUACCUACUGUGUCUUGGGAGGUGGGGGGAAGAGCGGAUGGAGUCCGAGCUCCGCCCGUACCCCCCCGGAGGAAAGUAACCGGGUCGCUGGAAAGCCCCGUUUCCCCAGAGACGGUGUGCUUCUCCAAACUUCACGACUGGUACGGACAGGAGGUGGCGGAGCUGAGGGUGGAAUGGCUGCAGAGUCAGUGA